UUCCCGUGUACUCCUCUUGUGCCCCGUGUACGCGAUGCGUGUCCUGUGCUCGUUCGACCUCCAGUCGCGUGCACGAUGUUUGCACGCUCUGUCAAAACGAGAAAAUAUUCCACGUACUUUUCGUGUAUCUGUAUACAACGCACUGUUUACUUGAGCGAGCAGCGUCCAUGUGUGGCGUGUAUGUGGCGUGUUACUUUGUAUACGUCCGACUUGACGAAUGUAUUUGCACAAAUUUUGCAACUGCGGCGCCAUCCUUGACUAUUAAUUGCGCAUAAUUUUUGUCUUGCAUGUGUAUUAAGUAGAACCGUUAAAAAAAUCAUGAAAUUUCAGUUUACGUUGCAGUUGUUUUCAAGUAUUAUGUAGGAGUCAUUAGAGUAUAGUUGUUGAACGAUAUAUCUAUCGUACAUGUAAAGUUUCUUGAGUAACUUGAAGCACAAAGAUAAAUGGAAUAAAAUAUUUUGAUAGUUGUUAUUAUUCUCUCACUUUUAUUUACGUAUAUUUCGGUUUUGCCUGUAAUAUUAUAUGAUAAUAAUAUACAGAUAUUUAUAAUUACUGUGAGAGUAAUCUGGUAUUUUAUUGUAUACAUAGAUACUUUGCGCAGAAGAUAAUAUGAUGAUAAUUGUGCAUUACAUAAGUUACUAUCUCUAUUAUAUUAAAAGUUUAAUGUAUUUUUUCCUUUUAUAUGGGAUGAUUUUUAAACCCGUUAUCUCGUUUUCUUCUAGGAAGUUGUGAUAGAAUGAGUACAAAUCGUAUCUUACACAUGACCAGCCUGAGGGUAAAGAUACACGUGUGAAAUUUCGAAUAAAAGUGCUCGAAACUUUAAGGGCAUAUGUCUUGCAGGCAAAGCUACAUGUAUCAAAUUAAUAUAAGUAGUUCAAUUUAGAUUAGAUCAUUUGAUAACAGUGAAAUUGAUAACACAUGGAUUAUUUCUUGCCAUAUGAAUUCUUUUUCUUUGCCAUAUCAAUUCUUUGUUAGCAAAUCUGCUAUCAUGUAUGCAUAAAUAUAUCGCUUAUUAAGUAUAAUUCAUUCACGCUACAAUUUGUUUUUGCAGAGCUUGUGCACGCUUAUGUAAUGCAUAUAGUUGUAAAAUUUAUGACAAAAGGUAGACACACACUGCAAAAGUAGUGUCUCAUUGCUUCUAAAUUCCUAAUUUCCUUAUCCUAUAUACAGCUUCUUGUAUUAUCGUAGAGUAUAUAUAUACAUAUAUUGCCACGUAUAUUAUUAAAUUCUAGAUUAACGUAAUAGAACUCAAAAGAUAAAAACAUAUAUCUUGCAAACCUCUAUAAAAGCAAAAAAAAACAUACAUAAAAUAUAAAAGAGCAAAAAAAAGAGAAGCAGGACAAAGCAAAAAAAGCUUAAAGUCUUCAUAUGCACAUGGUGAAUUACAUGAAAACUUGGACUAUCGUAAGAUACGUUCAGUAGCAAUAUUUUGUGCCUUACAUAUAUAUUACUCGGUCGUUAUAAGCAUUUAUGAAGAUCGCUAAGUGCAAUAUAUGUUGCUACAUUAGCAAGUAAAUCGCACGUUCGAAGAUCACGUCUCGCGGUAUCUCACAUUCUCAUCUUGACUAUGUACCAUACUAUGUAUCAAUCACAAAUGAUGGUGCAGAUAAUGAGUGGACAACAAACUGGUGGACAGUGUUCACCAGCACAAGCUCACACGUUGCAUAUUAAUGGCGUAAAUGCGUUACAUCAGACUGAUUUCACGCAAUAUGGUCAGGAUAUGCCUGGACAUGGUAGACAUCGCGCAAUGCAGACAAGGUCCUAUCCAUUAGAUUUGUUGCAACUGAUAAAAGUUGAUGUACCAUCAUUACGACACGUAGAAUAUAUGCAGUCGAACAAUAACGCGUCUUCUGCAAAUUGGGAAAGGCGAAUGGGUACAUCUAAUAAUUCAGUUAUACCAUCCUCAAACUACAAACCUACGAAUGGUAAUAAUUCAACGAGGAAACCGGGAUGGAAUAACAGGAAUGGUAGAAGAAAUACGUAUAGAAAUUCCUUCGCAAAGUACGAAACCUACAAUAGUGACAGCGGCUUCAGUUCUCGUUCGCCAACACCAAAUAAACACCACAUCGACAGUAGUUUAACAGAAAGUUCAGAUGAACGAGACUCCACGAGUUCACUGGGAGGACAAGGGAUAAAGAAGAAUCAUAGAAUACAUUUAGAUAAUAGAACAAUUAAAUCUACGUCAAAUGGCUUAAUCUCAAGUGCCUCUGCCCAUCAAUUUUAUCAAAGUCAGCGAUCUUUUAAUUAUUACCAUAAUACUACUGUUCCUACUCCCAGGUCACAUGUGCAAAAUUGUCAAAACAAGAGAAGAUAUUUAUCAGGCAGGACUGAAAGCGUACCUUCCCAGAGGCCUCCACGAAAUCGUAAAUUUACCGAGGUUCCGUUACCAAAUUAUAAUAUGUAUCCCAGAUAUUUUAUCGCCCCUGACAGAUUUCUUGCUAGAUCUCACUUGGUGACGAUGACCUCUACACCGAGCAACCUCGUUUGCGGCUCAAUAUGGGAUAAUCUAUCGCGAGAAAUUUGGUCAAAAUUUAUUUCGAAUCAGCAAACAGAAGCUACUUACAGGAAAAAAAUGAUGCUAUGGAAGCACCUUUACAUUUACAUCAAGACCUCGUAUCCAAAAUAUGGUCUGUUUUUGGUCGGUUCAACAAUGAAUGGAUUUGGUUCAGAAGAUAGCGACGUCGACAUGUGUCUCUUGGUGAGACACACGGAAAUGGAUCAGAAAUACGAAGCCAUGGAGCAUCUAGGGCAAAUAUUCAGAUAUCUCAAAAAAUGUGAUUUCAUCGAACAGCUUCAACUUAUACAAGCAAAGGUGCCCAUUAUAAGAUUCUGCGAUGGGCUGCAAAAUUUAAAAGUCGAUUUAAAUUGCAACAAUGCCGUUGGCAUCAGGAACACGCAAUUGUUGUAUUGUUACUCGAAGCUUGAUUGGAGAGUGAGACCGCUGGUACUCCUCGUGAAACUCUGGGCUCAAUGUCACGAUAUCAAUAAUGCAAAAGACAUGACAAUAUCUAGUUACUCCUUGGUCCUCAUGGUCAUACAUUUCUUGCAAUGUGGCGUGAAUACCCCGGUCUUGCCGUGCUUGCACUCGAUGUUCGCCGGCAAGUUUGGCCCGCACACGGAUAUCUACAGUAUCGACAUUCACGAAGAUUUGCGCAUCCCGUCCUCCGUCCGUCUGCCCGAGAAUCGUCAGCCGCUCGGGGAGUUGCUUGUAGAGUUCUUCAAGUACUACAUCACGUUCGAUUUCAGUCGCUACGCGAUAUCCGUACGUCUGGCGAGCAAAAUACCGAUAGAGGAGUGUCGCAUGGCACAGUCGCCGAAAAACGAUCCUCACCAAUGGAAAUAUCUAUGUAUCGAAGAGCCAUUCGACCUGACUAACACAGCCAGAUCGGUUUACGAUCCAAACGUGUUCACGAGAAUUAAGCAGAUAUUUCAUAUCACGUACCAAAGACUGGCGGAGUCGCGCGAUUUAAGUCUUAUAUUUGCCAAGAUAAACCAAGAUUACUCUUCUUCGUGGACGUAACUGUGUCAUCGUAAACUAGCGCAGAAACGCAUAAUCACGUUAGCUAGGAUAAAUAAUGCUUAAAAACAUUCCACUUCGAACGAGUCGUUCCAAGUGAACUGAAAGCGUUAAAUGCUAGCAGCUUAAUGAUCUGAUGAUCUAAAAAGGUACUGAAGGAUGAAAUGGCAUUAAAUGAGACUGCCAAGAUCGUUUGUUACGAUGUGCUUGUUACCUUGCGACAUUAAACUUUAUUUUCGAACGAUUCAUAAUAUUCGCAAGAUACGCAGCAGUGUGAUAACUUGUCCUUCGUUUAAUCCUCUGCUUUCUUCUUUGGAGGAUUUCAAAAUCAUUAUUGAUUGUGUAACAUCCUGAAAAAAAGAGACAGCUUAACUGUCUCUACGUUUGCUGUGUGCGAACUAAUUUUAUUAUUUUGAUAUGAAGUGCGUGAAAUAUUCGAACGCACGGAUAUCGUUCCUACGUAAAAACGCUAAAAUUGCGUCACGUGCAAUAAAGUCUGCGACUUUAUAAUUACAAUCAGUUAGGCUUGCUGGGAUCUCUCUAAAUCUUUAACGAAUUUAAUCGUAAAGUAUCAAAAGCAUCCAAAAAGUCAAUUCCUACGCGGGUAAUUAAUUUAAAUGAUAACGCAGCAAUCGGCGUAAUAUCCUUGCACCAAAAUUUUUCAACGUAAUUUUUCUAGUAUUAUUAUCAUUAUCGUUACCUCAUAAAGCAUAAUGUCUUUCAUGUGAUAUCAACGGAUAAGAUUAUUGCCUUACGGAUAUAGAGUGCCUUGCGACUACCGAUCGUUGUUAACGCGAUCAUGUGUCGUAUCACGUUGCCAACAACCGUUUAUUAAGUAUAUGAAAUAACUGAGAAAUUAAAGGUAACGAAAUUUCCUUUAUAGCAUCAUUAAAGGCUGAUUAUUAGACGCUACAUAAAUAUGAUUAACAAUAUACUCUUAAUUAAAAAUGUUUCAAUCUAUAUGCUGUAAAAGUGUGCGUCUAAUUGAGACAACAUCCUAUACAAUAUUAUAUGCAUACAAAAAAAAGGAAAUAGUACUUAUUAUUUUGUAUAGUUGCUAUUCCUUGUGAAAGAAGUGUUCCACAUGAGCGUAGCAUCAUGAAAAAUAUAUAAACUUUUAGUAUUAUCUUUUGCAAAAUAUGAAAAACCAAAAAAAAUCGAAAACAAGAAAUAAAAUAAAUAAUAAAAAAUGUUACUGAUUCGAACGAAUUUAUUAUUUAUGUUUAUAGUAUUUUGUUCAGAUGUGUGUAUAGGCAAAGAACGGUGGAUAGUGAAAUUAGCAAGACUGUGUUUCUCUUAAAAGGAUUUAAGAACUUUGUACAAUUCUAAUGACUGUCAUAAAAAAAAACUUGCAUAAGUUGAUAAUAUAUAAGUCUUUGCAUUAACGGGAUGAUUUAAAACUCGAUCCUGAGACAGAAUAUAAAUUGAUAUUGUAUUACAUACGAGCUACGAUAAUAAUCUUUAAUCUAUAUAUCAGUUAAUCAAAAAUCGUAAAAGUAAACAGAUUUCAAUAAAUUUCUUUAUUAUGAUCUUCUCUCAGGAGUAGAAAAGAAAGAAGGGAAUAUUUUUCCAUUCAAUAUUAAUAAAUCACUGUAUUUGUCUUCAGAAAAUUAAUAAAAAUAUAUAGUUAUUCUAUAAGUUAAAUAAUUUUCUAUCACUGUUUAGCAAAUCACUAACUUUGUAGAAAGACAUUCGUGCAAAAAUUGUCUAAAGAUAAAGUUAGCUUCAUUUAUUAAUAUUGGAAAUAAGUAGCAAGUGUAAUCAUCAAGAGACGAUAAUUUUUCAUUGACAUAUUUGUUUGUGUCCUUAAUAAUCCUUUCCAAAAGAAACACUUUACGCUUAAUACUUUUCUUUAUUUGUUAAAAGAGAAAUCGAUAUAUUAUUAUUCUUAUUCUUUUAAUAUAGUCUAGUCUUCUAUUGACUAGUCUUCUUUUCUUCAAAGAAAAACGAAAACAAAAAAAAUAUACGGUUUAUUCUUGUAUAAUAAUAUUCUUAUAGCUAAAAUGAAAAAAAAACGAGAUUCUUGCAGUAUAACAAAUAGAUUAUUAUUAUGAAUUAAAAAAGAAAGCUCAAGGUCUAUAUGAAUAAAAUAUCAAGUAACAUCUAAUUUAUAACGUAAUAGGAAAUCUUCAGUAGCAUAUAUAUCUUUUGUAUCGUAUGUGUACGGUUUGCAAUAUUUUUUGAUUAAUAUAACUGAUGUAAUCUCAAUGUGAUAUUCGAUUAGGCUUAUACCUUUUUGUGAUAUGCUAUAUGAUUACCUGUAUACGAUGCUACUCUCUACGUGCUAAAUUUAAUUUUUCAAUGCGUUUUUAUAUACAAACAAACCAAAAAAGCGGCGAAAAUUGUGCAAAUUACGUUGCAAAAAUUACAUCGUUUAAAUAAAUUCGCAAUAGCGUAUUGUCGCCGCUGUUAAUAUAAGAAUAUGAUCUCCAAAAUUUAUAGAACAAACACAACCUUUUGUAAUUCCAAUUUUCUUGUUAAAUAAAAGUGAAAUGUUUAUACAUGUGUA